AUGUUUGUAUCACUAACCAAUUUGGUCGCUGAGGCUGGUUAUGAUGUUCCUGGCGAUAUGACGCUCAACGAUUUGUUAGCUCUGUGCUCUAAUGAACUUUUUGGGAAGGAAAUCCCUCCACAAAAGAUGGCCGUUCUAAAAGACGGGAAGCUGCUCAACAAUCCCUCUCAUACACUUGAGGCACUUGGUAUUCAAGCCGAUGAUGUGCUCUUAGUUCGUUUGCUAGGCCCGACCACACAGUCUGCUCAGGUUCCUUCCUCAUCACAGCCACAAACAACACACUCAUCUGUGAAUGUACCUAACAAUGAAAGACUGACGGAAUUGAUAAGAUCCAUUAAGGUGCCCCCAAAAACAAGAGACCCGUUGAGAGAGAAUGCUCGAAGGAUAUUCGAAUUGUUGAAGAAUCCUGCCCAAAGAGCGCAUAUCUAUUUCAAAGCGAAGCCUCUUGUGGACCAGUACAUGAAAGAUCCAAAGAAUUUCGAUGCGUUUGUCGAAGCUUAUGAGAAAAUUAUUCAAGAUGAGAUUGAAAAGGCACGUCUGAUGGCAGAUCCGGCGAGCGCUGAAGGUCAGCGUCUCAUUCAGGAACAGAUCCAUCUUGAAAAUAUCAACUAUUCUUAUGCACAAGCACUGGAACAUACACCUGAGGCAUAUAUUCCUGUUCAUAUGUUGUAUAUAAAAAUGGAAAUAAACGGUCAUCCUGUCAAAGCAUUCGUUGAUUCUGGUGCCCAGGUUUCGAUUAUGUCAGAAGCUUGCGCUCGAAGAUGUGAACUUUCUCAUUUAAUCGACAAACGUUUCACGGGAACAGCUAGAGGUGUUGGAGGACUUCAAAAGUUUGUGGGGAAAAUCCAUUCUUGUCAAGUGAAGGUGGAAGACCACUAUUUCCCAUGUAACUUUGACGUUAUGUCUGAUCGAGAAAUGGACUUGUUGUUAGGACUAAAUAUCCUCAAAAGACAUCAAUGCAAUAUCAAUCUGAAGUCCAAUAAGUUGGAGAUGGGAGAUGGAACAAAAACACCAUUUUUGUCAGAAGCGGAAAUCAACUCACAUUUGGAAGAUCUUGCUGGAUCAGAUGGAGCCGAGUUUAUGGUUGAUAACGAUCUUCUCUCUCAGGCCAUGGACCUAGGAUUCUCAGAAGCGGAGGCCAAAGCUGCUCUGAAAAUGACUAGAAAUGAUCUUGAAGCUGCGUUGCAACACUUGUUCUCGAGAGCCGACGAAAGGCAAAAUGCAGGCAAUCGAAACUGA